AUGGCUCCUAAUACGAAAGCCGUGGAAAAGAAGAAGGUCGCUAAGGCCGUCGACGCCAAGAAGAAGGUCGCUAAGGGACUUCAGACCGUUCACAAGAAGAAGGUCCGUACCUCCGUACACUUCCGUCGCCCUAAGACCCUCACUACCGCCCGUGUUCCACGUUACCCACGUAAGAGCGCUCCAGGACGCAACAAGUUGGAUGCUUUCGCCAUCGUCAAGCACCCUUUGACCACUGAGUCCGCCAUGAAGAAGAUUGAAGAUCACAACACCCUUGUCUUCAUCGUUGACGUUAACGCUAACAAGCAUCAAAUCAGAGCCGCUGUUAAGAAGCUUUACAACAUCGAUGUUGAGAAGAUCAACACCCUCAUCACUCCUCUUCUCCAAAAGAAGGCUUACGUCAGACUUACCCCUGACUACGAUGCCUUGGAUGUUGCCAACAAGAUCGGAAUCAUCUAA